UCCCAACAAACAAAUGCAUCACUUGGCCUUGCCGUUUUAGUCGGAUGUUUCCUUACACAGUACAGUCAUUUAUAAAAAUUUAUUCAACAGGAUAGAAAUUGUUUUCCAUAUUCAAACUUUAUUACAAAUUUUUUGGUUUAAAGACAGACACUAGCGUAAUAAUGAUGUCUUCGAAAUCCGGCAAAACGGUUGCUAGCGACAGCCACCUGCUCCACUCUUCGGAUAGCGACUUAGCCCUGAAACUGAAGUCGGCGCCGAAGCUCGUUUGCAUUCCACAGCAGCAUCAGCACCUUCAGCGAAUGUUCAACUCGGAGAUCAACAUACCCCAGCGCCCCAUGGAGUACGAUAUUCUUGACAAGUCUUUUUCGGUUCUGUACAUCGGAGGGGUCAAGAAUAAGAACUCGAAGUAAUGCUGGAUGCCCAUCACUUUGUCCGCACUCAUCAAUAAAGAAU